AUGUUCCUGGUCGCGGCUACCGCUGCUCCGGUCCCCGCCGCUGCCCCGACCCUCGUCUGCAAGACAACGGUCCAGGUCGACGACUCCAGCUUCACGAUUGAAUUGCGUCCCGACUGGGCGCCCGCCGGCGUGGAGCGUUUUCUCGUCCAGUUCGGAAUCUCGACGAGCGCGGAGAAGCAGAGGCACUGGCAGUCGCAGGGCAACAUCCGCGACGACCCGCGGCCGGCCGGCGUGCCGUUUACCGACGGCAUCCUCUCGUUCGCGGGCUACGGGACGGACUCUCGCUCCACCCACCUCUUCAUCACGCUGGGCAGCCAGCCCGGCCUCGGCCACAGGCAAUGGGAGGUUCCCGUCGGCCGCGUGGUGAGCGGGAUGCCCGUGGUGCGAGCAAUCUACUCGGGGUACGGUGACGCGCCGGACCAAGGGCGGAUGCAGCCCGACCGGCCGGACGCGGCCAAGUACCUUGCCGACAAGUUUCCAAAGAUGGACCGGAUCGUGGGACAGGCGCGGGGCAACCUUGGGCGUGUCGCAGAUCUGAUCUUGAUCUAUGUGAGCACACACUUGUUUUGCCUAAAGGAAAGUUUUGGGGCGAUUGACAUUUGA